CAUAUGAAGGGGCGGACUGACCACCCAGGGGCAGACUGACAACUCAUGGGACCCCCGGGCAAUAGGGGAUCAUGGGGCCAAAAAGCCUAUGAAAGGUACCAGGGACAUCUCAUGGGGCCAUCUACUGACCCCGGGCCCUCAGGCAGUGCCCGAGUGCCCAAAUGGUCAGACCGCCCCUGUUGACACCAAUAGCACCAAUACAUGGAUCAAAAUUAGUUUGAUCCCUGCUGAACUGUCCAAAUUUUUAUCCAUGUAUAGGGAGCUUAAGUUGAAAGGA